CUAUCAAAGCUUAAUCUAUAGGCGGUAUGUCGUCGGAGAACACACUUCCAUUGAUUACCAAGGCGGAGGGCGGCGGAGGAGAUGGUAGUUGGUGGAAGAAGGUGUUGGAUUGGGAUGAAGCUAAGGAUCAAAUCUUGUUUUCCCUCCCUAUGAUACUAACCAACGUCGCAUACUAUUGUAUACCAUUAGUAUCGGUUAUGUUCGCCGGCCAUCUCGGAGAAGUUGAGCUCGCCGCCUCUAACCUUGCCAAUUCAUGGGCCACCGUCACCGGUUUAUCAUUCAUGGUUGGGCUAAGUGGUGCAUUGGAGACAUUAUGUGGGCAAGGAUUUGGAGCAAAGCUUUACAGAAUGUUAGGAAUAUAUUUACAAGCAUCCUGUUGGAUUUCCAUAUCCUUCUCCAUCCUCAUCUCCGUUAUCUGGUUCUUUACCGAACCCAUCCUUAUUUUGCUUCACCAAGAUCCUCAAAUCGCAAAACUGGCCGCUCUCUACAUUAAGUAUCUUAUCCCCGGACUAUUUGCUUACGGGCUUCUAAAUAACAUGUUGAGGUUUCUCCAAACACAAUCCGUUGUUGCCCCUUUAGUACUGUGUUCGGUGGCCCCACUUAUCCUCCAUUUCGGCAUUGCCUAUGUACUUGUACAACGGACUUCACUAGGUUUCGUAGGUGCUCCUUUGGCCGCUUCGAUUUCAUUGUGGAUCUCUGCAAUUAUGCUGGCGUUGUACGUGCUUUUUGACAAAAAGUUUAAGGAAACAUGGCAUGGUUUUUCCAUGGAGUCAUUCCGUCAUGUUUUCGCUACCUUGAAGCUGGCUCUUCCAUCUGCUGCUAUGGUUUGCUUAGAGUAUUGGGCUUUCGAGUUACUUGUGUUACUGGCUGGGAUUAUGCCAAAUUCAGAAAUAACGACUUCCCUGAUUGCAAUGUGUGUAAAUACAGAAGCAAUUGCAUACAUGCUUACAUAUGGCCUCAGUGCUGCUGCAAGCACGCGUGUAUCAAACGAGCUGGGAGCUAGGAAUAUCGAUAAAGCUAAGAACGCCAUGGGUGUGACUCUAAAGCUUUCGGUCCUUCUUGCCCUUAUCGUCGUUUUAGCUCUAGGGUUUGGUCAUGAUAUCUGGGCUGGUUUCUUUAGUAGCAGUCCUGUGAUCAUAAACCACUAUGCUUCCAUGACACCCCUGUUGGUCAUCUCAAUCAUUCUUGAUUCCAUCCAAGGAGUCUUAUCAGGGGUGGCGAGGGGGUGCGGUUGGCAACAUCUGGCUGUGUUCAUCAACUUAGGAAUGUUUUAUCUUAUCGGCAUGCCGAUUGCAGUUGUCCUCGCGUUUCUCGUGAAACUAUAUGCGAAGGGGUUGUGGAUUGGCUUAAUAUGCGGUCUGGCCAGUCAGACCGGUGGUCUGCUACUACUCAUGUAUCUCAAGAAAUGGACGCAAGUGGAACUCGACUGAAGCAACUGUUUUGCCGACACGGUUCUUGUUUGACCAAACGUCGGGUCAAACGAAGAACUCGACUGAGAUUUUGAAUUAUUGAACUCAUUAUGUUACAUGUGAAUGGCAUGUAACCCCUUUAACUUAUGAUUCUUGUGUAUGCUAUUGUAUUCUUUUUCUUUUCCCUGUUUAUCUUUCUAUGCAGGUUCGCUUGAGUACCAGCAUCC